UGCACACACACACACUCUCCCACCACGCAAAGAUAAAAAGCCAGCAAUUAUAACCUCUAAAAGCCCCCCCUUAACUUCUCCGCCUCAUACUUUCAAACCCUAAAAACCCCAAAUCCAAAAAGAAGGAAGAAGAAGACCGAAGAAACCAAAAGCUCAACAAAGAGCGCUUUCUUUUGUGCUCUUAAGCUAUGAGAGUCCCCGUUACUUCCCCACAAAACAACCAUUCUCCGAGCCCAAAGCCUAGCAACAACAGCAGCAGCAACAAUAACAGUAUAGCCCGGAACAUCAGUUUCCACGGGCUUAACGGUGUUCAAACCUCAUGCUAUGAGCCAACUUCAGUUCUUGAUCUUCGUCGUAGCCCUAGUCCAGUGCCCGAGAAGCCGGUUACGAAUUCUGCCGAUGUUUCAAAUUGUAUCUCGUCGGAUCCUCAUCAUCAUCAGGCGCCUGCUCUUGAGUGGGACGAGCAUGUGCUGCGAACCAUGGACUGGGAUUCCAUCAUGAAAGACUUGGGAUUAGACGACGAAUCUGUGCCUGCUAUCAAAACUAUUAAUCCGCAGGCUAUUAGUCCCUGCGAGAAUCAAAUCCAAAGCCUCCCUGAGUUCUCAUCUUGCGAGUUGACUCAUCAGUCGGUCCAUUCUGAUUUUAACAACCUUUACGAUUUUUAUUCGGAAGAGCUGAUAAGAGCCGCGGAUUGUUUCGACACCAACGAACUGCAACUCGCGCACGUGAUAUUGGCGCGGCUCAAUCAGCGGCUGCGAUCUCCUUCGGGCAAACCGUUACAGAGAGCCGCUUUUUACUUCAAAGAAGCUCUCCAGUCUCUGCUCACCGGGUCAACUCGGUCGACUCGGUUAUCCUCAUGGAGUGAAAUCGUGCAAACCAUCAAAGCCUACAAGGCCUUCUCCGGAAUCAACCCUAUUCCCAUGUUCAACCACUUUACCACCAAUCAAGCUCUUCUCGAAGCCCUGGACGGGUCAGCACCGUUGAUUCACAUCAUCGAUUUUGAUAUCGGACUGGGAGGCCAAUACGCUUCUUUAAUGAGAGAAAUGGCUGAAAGAAAUGAUCAUUCCUGCAAGUUCAUUCGAAUAACCGCCGUGGUUCCCGAGGAGUAUGCCAUUGAGACAAGGCUUAUCAAAGACAACCUUUUCCAGUUCGCUCAAGACCUCAAAAUAAGGUUCCAGAUUGAAUUUGUUCUCCUUCGAACCUUCGAAAUGUUGUCUUUAAAGGCUUUUAAGUUCAUCGACGGGGAAAAAACGGCAAUCCUUUUAUCUCCGUCUAUUUUCCGAUGUCUCAGUUUAAACGUCGCGGCGUUUCUGAGUGAUCUUCGGAGGGUCAAUCCAAGCGUCGUCGUCUUUGUAGAUAGCGAGGUGUGGAUGGAGUCAGGCACGACGUCGUUCCGGAAGAAUUUCGUUAACGGCUUGGAGUUUUACGCCAUGAUGUUCGAGUCGUUGGACGCCGCGGUCGUGGGUGGGGAAUGGGUGAGGAAGAUAGAGACGUUGUUGUUGCGUCCGAGGAUAUUGGUGGCGGUGGAGGCUGCGGCCAGGAGGACGGCACCGCCGUGGAGGGAGCUGUUUGUUGGGGCGGGAAUGAGGGCGGUGCAUUUGAGUCAGUUUGCGGAUUUCCAAGCCGAGUGUUUGUUAGGGAAGGUUCAGAAUCCUGCAAUGGCUUUUCUCGGAUCCAAUGUAGCCAGCGGGGUUGGGUUACGGUUGCUCCUCUGCCCACUUGGUUCUAACAUUGUCACUCGUGCCGCAUGCUGUUCUGUGGGGAUUGUUUUACCUGUGUACUCUACAUUUAGGGCAAUUGAAAGAAAUGAUGAAAAUGAGCAGCAAAAGUGGCUUACAUAUUGGGCAGCUUAUGGAUCUUUCACCAUUGUUGAAGUGUUCUCUGACAAACUUCUUUCCUGGUUUCCAUAUUAUUAUCACUUCAAGUUUGUAUUUCUUGUCUGGCUUCAACUUCCAUCUACUGAAGGGGCUAAGCGAAUAUACAAGAACCACCUGCGUCCAUUCUUGUUGAGGCAUCAAGCUAAAGUUGAUGAACUUAUGGGCUUUGCAUGUGCUGAAAUGGCAAGAUUCGUCAGCACGCAUCAAGAAGAGUUCCGAUUUGUUAGGAUAAUGUUCAGGAAGAUGACAGGGUCAGCAGAUACAAAGGUGACGGGUCCUGCAGAACCAGAUAAACCUAGAGGACUACCUGAAAUCGAGGGCCAAACAAGAAUGAUCUCAAAUCCGGAGUCUGAUCACAAUGAAUGAUACUUUCCCUAUCUAGGGAGGCAGCUGUAUAUUAUGUUUUUCUACCUAUUAGCACCCCAAUAUACAAGGAGGUAACUUUUGCAUAACAAAUCAGGGCCUUUACUGUGGCUGAAAGAGGUGGAGCAUGAGAUAUAGGCAGCAGGCUGCUUCUUAUGAGAGUAGGCAGUAUUCUUUGAAUCAAAAUUUCAUCCCAGUUUUCAGUCUUUUCUCAUGCAAGAUUCCCACAUUUGUCGUUUUACAUAGAAGCAAUAGACAAUGUUUCUUUCCUGUAUUUUAAAUAAAUAGUACACGCAUAUUUGAUCAAAA